AUGGGAAUAUUUUUACUGUUUAUAACUUUUGUCUUCCAACUGAAUGCAUAUGUACUUGGCGAUGAUCCGCCAUUUGAAACGAAUAUCGUGGGUGGUCAAAUAGCAGACAUCGAGGACUAUCCUUAUCAGGUAGCAGUCAUACAGGAUGAAAGGCUCUGGUGCGGCGGAAGUAUCGCCAAUCCAAAUUAUGUGCUUACAGCAGGACACUGUGUAUUUAUGGCAAUUAUGCCACUUUUUGUCCACGCUGGUAGCCGUUACUGGUACAAUCCUGGAAGUGUUCAUGAAGUUGACUUUAACAUCACCUACACUACUGAAAUAUCAACAACCGGUGAUGUUGCUUUAUUGCAUGUGUCUAAAACAUUUAAUUACGAUAAAACGUGUCAACCAAUACCAUUAUUCGGCUCGUAUGAAAAGCCACAAGUUGGUGCACUGGCAUAUGUUACUGGUUGGGGAAUCACCGAUAAUGGCAAUAUAGCCGAACAGUUACAUCAGAUUACGACAAGAAUCAUAGACCAAAAUACCUGCAACAAUAUUUACAAGGACACCAUAAUCGGCAAUCUUCAUCCUGGUGAAAUAUGCGCAAAUGCAGACAGAAUGGGUCCAUGUCGUGGCGAUUCUGGAAGUCCUAUGAUUAUCGACGGGCGUCUAGCUGGUUUAGUAUCUAUGGGUAUAGGCUGUUUGUAUCCUAAAUAUCCAGCUAUCUACGUCGAUGUCGGUUAUUUCAGAGAUUGGAUUAUCACUAAUAUGAAGUAAUAGAUUAAGGUGAUUU